AACUAGCGUCUCGGCACGAGAGUUUUUUCCAUUUCUGUAUGGUUAAUUAAAUGUAAAGAUUGUUGAAAAUAUGCUCUGUGUGUGAAGUGCGCAGUGUGGAAGCUGUGUUUGAUAAAGUGUUGCAGAAAUAAAGCUUCCUGUCCGUACAGGUCAAUGGACAAUAGUCGGUGGCAGUGCAAUUGAUUAGACGCUUCCGUUUUUUAAGGUGGGGGUGGUUUGUUGUUGGGUACGGUAAGGUUUUAACUGAGCAUGGCAGCUACCACAAGUGGACCAGAUAGAUUGCUUUGUGUUCUGUAUCAAAUUAGAACAGUGCACAAUAUUCGUCAGUGAUUAUUGUGUAGGAAGAGAACAGGGGAAACUCCUAUGCUGUGUUGAUGGCGGGCGGCAGGUUUCCAUCACAGUAACCACCCUCGGAGUGUGGCUGCGUGUGUGUGUGUGCGUGUGUGUUAAAUGCGGAGGGGUGGUAGUCGCCAAAAGCAUGUGUUGAUGUACAAAUUGUGCAAAAGAUGAUAAACAACAAAGCGAAAAGAGGUUGAGCUAGCGCGGGAAAACAGUGAAUUAGUGCCGUGCUUCUAGUGCAGGGACAGGACCUGUGUAAUCCGUUACCGUGCGGGACUAGAAAAGGACACACAUUUACCUCUCCCCGUAGAACCCAUUUCCAGGCUGCAAUGACGGAGUAUAAGUGCGUGAACUUUUCCGAACUGUGCCGCCUGUGCGCGAGCAGUAAUGGGCCGCGGGUGGGCAUCUACUCGGACGAGGGCCGCAAAAAGCGAAUACACCGCAAGAUUACAGAAUCGCUCGGAAUAAAUGUCAAAGAAUCGGAUCGUUUGCCGAAAUCGGUAUGUGCGACCUGCUUGAAGCAGGUCGAAGCACAUGAAGAAUUUCGCGAAUCUGCUGUGAAGGCACAGGGCAUGCUGGAAAGCUGCCUUAAUUCGCGUAGCGUAGAGAACGGUGGCAAAGUUUACAUACGCGAUGUAAAGGCGAAAGAACCGCCACAGAUAGUGAAUCGUCCGCAGACCAGUGUGGUGCACAUCUCACCCACAGCACCGGCGGUAACCAAUCGCACUGUUCAAGGCAAAUCGCAACAACAACAACAACAACAACAACAGCAGCAGCAGCAACAGCAGCAGCAGCAGCAGCAACAACAGCAGCAGCAACAACAGCUGCAGCAGCAGCAGCAUCAGCAGCAACAACAGCAACAGCAGCAGCAGCAGCAGCAGCAACAGCGACAACAGCAAAUCAGUACUACACCGAUUCUUAUCAAUACUAUUCCAAAAAGCGUGGUUCAUACGAUCAAUGGUGGUACGAUAAGCACGGUCAGUUCCGGUGCUAAUGUCACGCCAACCGUUUCGCUCGCAGCUGCAGCUCCUGCCCUAAGAGCGAAUACCAGCAGUGGAGACUUUCUCAGCUCCAUCAUACAGGCGGUUGGCAUAAAGACAGAAGGUGAAAUGAACCAAACAGUGGGACAGCAGCAAAUGAACCAACCGCAAAUACUGACCAUCCAAAAUCAGCAGCAACCAAACCAGCAGUACACGAUCACGUUCGAUGCAUCGGCCGCGCGAAAGGUACACAACAUGCACUUCAAAGUGGAGAAUGGUGCGCUCGUUCCGGCCAUCUCGAAACCAACCGAAUCGCAACCACAAGCGACUUUUACACAAGUUGAUGAGUUUAUCAAGAUUAAAUCAAGUCCACCGAAAGCGCUGAAACGAGACUGUGCACAAACAUCUAAGACUGAUGCGACGGAAGCGAAACGGAAACGGUUUAUUCAAAUCGUAAAACAUCCCGGCGUGUCCUUAACAACACCGCCAAAGACAUCGAAUGUUGGUAAUUUUACGGUUGAAAGUCCUACCAUGACAUCGCCCGUUUCUGCUGCUACGAACGCUGCACCUAUUUCAUCGGCUGGCAUGAUCGUGUCCAAUACAGGCGCUGUCUACACUUCCACACCGCAGAAGACGUUCACUGUUGGCCCGGAUGUAAAGCUAAUCCCCAGUAAUAACAGAUGUCUCGUACCAAUCGUGUUGAAAAACGAUAGCUCAACAGAUGACAGUGCUAAUAACAACACAAGCACACCCAACAUAUCGGUAGUAGGUCAGCCAAUGGUUAAUAGUGCACCGCAGAACCAGCCGGUUCAGCUGUUUGUUAAGUUCGAAACUGGAGCAGAUGGUGUGAUGCGUAUAGCACCGGUACAACAUCCACCGUUGGCGAUGCAGCAAACGGCAAUGCCACAGUAUGGUAUGACGACUAUUGCUACUGCGGCGCAACCAGUAACCGCCAUGCCACCGAUGACGAUUUUGGGUCAAAACCAACCGAUGGUACAGGCUCAGGUCGGGGCUGGCAACUACGUAACGUUGGUGGGUAAAACAACAUCACAAACGCAAACGAUCGCCGAUACCAGUGGGCAACAAGCGAGCGUUGUCAUGGCGACGGCACAAAUUCCACAAGCGACGCUUCAACCGGUACAACAACAACAGCAGCAACAGCAACAACAACAGCAGCAGCAGCAGCAGCAGCAGCAGCAGCAACAGCAACAGCAACAACAACAAAUACAAACACAAAACCCCAAGAGGGUGCAACAAACUUCCACUGCUUCAGUGCAACAACACCAGCAACGUGCCAUUGUAGCUCUUUCUACCGGCGGUUCAGUGCAAAGGGCAGAGCAACGAGUCGUUACCGUUCCACGUAAAGCAAUUCCUGCCCGUCAACCGACAUCUACUCCACCGAAGCUGGCUCAUGCUGCUACGGCCCCGAAACAAACGAUCGUAAUUAAUGGACAGGGUAGUAACAAUCCGGGCAAGGGCACCGGCGGUACAUCCGGUGGUAAAUCUUCUUCGACGACCGGUCGUGCUGGACAUGUAGCGUCGUCGAAUGGGAACAACGUUUCAUCGCUAGGCAACAAUAGCACAUCCGAGAAUCGCUCCUUCAGCGAUCAUGAUAGCAGCGGCAACGAGAACUCGGAGUCGGAAGCAAACAGAACCGCCCAGUCGCUGGUUGCUUCGCAGCAGAUGAGUGCUAUCUCCGCCAUGUCAAGUAAGCAAGAUUCGGUUGCGUCCGAUCAGCAAACGAAAGCAUCCAGCGGCCGUCCUGGCGAUAGGGGAGCGAAUGCUGGUGGACGUACGGGUGGCGAAGUCAGCAUUACGACGUGCGAUGUCUGUCGGAAAACGUUUGGCCGCAAGGAACAUUUGGUGCAGCAUCUCAAGUCCCACAUCGGGCUGCGUCCGUUUAAAUGUGAGACGCCAGAUUGCAAUAAGAGUUUUAGCCGUAAGGAACAUCUUAUACGUCACACGGUUUCACAUACAGGACAGAAAAUGUUCAACUGCGACAAGUGCCAAAAGCUAUUCUCGCGCAAGGAUAAUCUCAACAAGCACAGAAAAACGCACACGGACCAGGCAAAUGCUUCACCGUACAGUUGCAACAUUUGCAACAAGGAUUUUUCGUCAAAGAAUCAAUUUUUGAAACAUAAGGACACGCAUGGCUGUUACGAAGAGGACGCGGACACACCGAAGCCAACGGUGAAAAAACAACCACAGCCGAUAAAGGUGGAAACGAAACAGGAUCCAGGUAAUACGAUCACCGUCUUUGAGUCCGUUGCAUCGAAACCUUCGCAGCCUCCACCUUUAGCUCACGCUGUCGCUCCGACCCCGGUAACUUCGGAACCAUCGCAACCGUCAAAUGCGCAAUCCUUUCCACUAACCAUCACCCAUGUGCCGACUAACACCACAACCAUACAGUUACCAAUUCAGCAGCAGGUUCACCAGCUCAUUCAACAGCAGCAGCAGCAACCUCAGCAUCAGAACGGCACAACCCCACAGCAGCAGAUUUUCACCAUCCCGGCCCAAAUACCGACCGCUAAUGGGAAACCUAUCAUUCAGCAUCUCCAAAUCGCGCUUCCAAACAAUGUCAGCGGUCAAACGCUGACAACGUCCUCUUCCGCAUCCAACAGCGGAACCGUACAGACGAUAACCAAUGCACAGGGUGCUACACUGGCAAGCUUGGGUGCGGGUCGUGCAACGAUUAUCAAUUCGGUGGAUGGUAAUACGGUAUUUACGUUGCCGUCGAACUUUAUCUUCGACGCGUCGCAAAUCAUCACCACCAGCCGUCAGUCAUAAUUUCUCGGUUCGUAUUAUAAAAGAGUUUAAGUAGACGCGAACCACAUUGCUACCCUGAUGCUCAAGUUGGCAUUCGCUGCACAUGAAUUAGUUGCUACAAUGACGGGAGUUUGCUUGCUCUCUCCGUCACUCUAUAUUAUAUAGAUUUAUUUUAGUUUUAAAACGCAUAGACAUAUUUGGCUAGUGCUGUUGAGAUCGGUGUGCGACCCGAGGAUGAAUGAUUGUAAUUAUUGUACUAUUUGUAAGAUUGCUGUAGUUGCAAAGAGGUUUUAAAAAUUUCACAUUAGCAUUUAGGCAGGGAAAGAUAGAAUGAAAAUAUCAGUGUAGCAGAAAUUCGGCGGGCUCCCGACAAACCCGGAUUCCAUCAUAUUUUAAGUGGAUUUUUAAACAAUCUAAUGUUGCCUCCUUGCUUAAGCUUCUUUUGCAAAGAGUAGCGACACCUUUUUGCCAUCAUUAGCGUACAAACGUGGCAUGAGUCGGUGCGCCAUAGUAGUAACAAACGGAAGCUUCUUCUUCUUCUUUGUUCGAUAUUUAAAUCCUAGGGCUUUAUCUUACUUAAAUGUAUGUGUUAUAUACGUAAAGCAUGUACGUAUAUGUGUGUAAUAGUAAUUGGAGUUGUAAAGUUCCCCGGGAGCUUUUCAGAGCUUAAGCGUAGGAUGUGCUGUAUCAGUUAAUAACACUAGUGCGUUAAAUUAUAUCGAAAAGGAUAGAAUUGUACAAUAAGAGCAUUUGUGUAUUAACAUUAACAAAUUACUGACAUAUGCUCAUAGCUAUUGCAUAUAAUUUUAACAUUCAUUUUUAUUUUAGGAUUUAUUUUAGGUUUUUACUUACUUCCUGUCCUUCCUUUUCUGUAUAUUUGUUUCCCUUUAUCUUUAUGCGUGUAUAGUUGAAGCUGUGUGUAUGUAUGUAAUUCGUAAUUUAUUAAAUAUGUACGCUCAUAUUUCUGUGUACUAUACUCGAUCACCGUACGUUCGACAUGGUGCAGAAUCGGUGGUAAUAAUUGACGUAGUAGAAUUAAUUUAUUGUCAAGCAUGUUAUACCCAUAACAGGCGUAAUGCUUGUUUCAUUGCCCGAAAAUGAACGUACGAAACCUGCAGUGACGUGAAUCUCCGAACGACGGUUUCGUGCCCAUUUUCUUAUGCUCUUUACACCUUGCCCUAUACCACCCAGUGUAUGAUGCUGCAGGGCGGUCAGGUCACCAUGUGCGUUAAAAAAUUUAUAAUUAAUACUUAUAA